CUCGCGGUAAAGUUCGCUGAACCCUAUGUGAUUCAAGAAAAUUUGAUAGAAAUUAAUAAGAAAUUCAUUCAAGUCAGCUGCUAGAUUAUAGUAAUUUUUUAUUAAUUUGAAAAUCGAAAUCUACUCUUUUGGAUUUCCCGCGCGUGUUACCGAGACCGACGCCAGGGGUCUCUGCAAAAUACAAAAUCGAUAUUCGCGCGCUCCAAUUGGCAACUUUGAUGGCGGAGACGAGAAUCGCGAAGCGUGAAAUUGCAAUGCACAAUAGGCACAGUAAUAAACAUAUAAUUCACAUCGUUUGCUAGUUGAUAAAGCGAGAAGAGAAGUGAGAUAUCCUUAUCGCAGUCGUAUAUCGAAAUAAUAACUAAUAAGCAAUGGAGCAAUUAGUCCCCGAGUGUGAAGAGACACCCAUUGUCAACGUAGCUUCUCCCAUGCAGGAUACGGUCGUCAGCAGUACUGUCACUAAUCUUCAUUCACCGCCGUAUUCCAGCAAAAACAAUUUACAUUGUAAUGCUGUUCAAGAAAUAUCUCUUGGCAAUUCCAUUAGUCAACAUUGCACUUGCGUCUGGUUGGAAAAGUUUACUGCGACUAUUUAGCAGUUAGCUGGAAGUACAAAUCAUGAACUUUUUAAAUGUGCUCUAACUGUUUAUGCUAACAAUAUGACCAAAGAUGCCUUCGUGUGGGAUUUUAAGCUUUCUCAAUUGUCCAUGUUGCGAAAUAAUAUAAACAAUGUUCUCUUGUAUUUUCAUUGGCAUCAAUGCAAAGAGAGAACUGACGAUCAUUUUUAUUUGCAAAAAAUAGCUGAUAUUUUGGUGAUAUAUGUAAAUUUAGAGCUCAAAUUAUUAAAAAGUACUAAAACUUCUGCAAGUCAACUGUCAAAUACGCUACUCACUGCACUUUACAUAUACUUAGAUAAAUCAGAGGAACAUAUUUUUAAAGUCUUUUUUAAAAGCCAUUUGAAAGAUGAUAAAAAAAUAUGUUUGUGGAUGCUUGGGAAAUACUUUUCAAAUAUUGCAGAAAACAAACUGCAGCUAACCAGUGUCAUGUUUGUGCGUUACAUACUUGCCUUCAAAUUGUGGAAAUCUUUAAGUGAUAAUCAAGAAGAAUUAAAAAAAAUAAAUAGCUUAGCAAUGAAAAUCAUGGGUUCCACAAUGCCUUCAUUAUGCCUGAAAAACUUGCAUUUCAUAAAACAGCCUCCAAAAAAAUAUAUUAACACAACAAUGUGGUAUCACUGGUACCUUCGAACAAAAUCUUUUGAUUUAGAAACAGCAAUUGAAAGCUUUAUUAAGUAUGAAGAAAACUUGUAUAAUUUAGCAACCUCAGAAGAAUCAUCAUUAGAUAUAAUUAAGAAUAACACCAGGUGUAACUGUCACAUACAAGUUGAAGAUGUAUUCUUUAAAAGAACAAACAAGUGCACUAAAUUGCAAAAGCAGAAAAUGAUGAAGAAGAAACAGAAAUUAAAAGUUGAUGAAAUUAUUUUUAUUGAUCUAACUAAAGAAGAGAAUUUAAUAACAAAUAAAAAGAAAAGGAAUCUUAAGUGGUUACAACUUCUAAAAAUGAGAGACCUUUUGGAAUGCUCAAAAAAUACUCAAAAGAUGGAUAUGGUUGAUAGUUUAGAUAACUCUAAAAAUCCAAAUGCCAUAGUCAGAUCUUCAAUAAAUGAAGUAACCAAAUCUUACGAAUUUGACUUUGCAAAUUCAAGUGACCCAAGCUGUGAUAAUUCUAGAUUUAAUGAUGUAUCAAUUCUAACUGAUUUCAAUGGCAUUUUUUCAAAUGGUGAUAUUAUAAAGAAUAAGGGCAAUCAAAAUAUAGAAACAAACAAAACGUGUUCUAUUUCUAAUGAUUUAUUUGACGAUUACAUUUGUGAUAUGUCAAUAGAUUCUCGUUUAUUAAAUAUCGACAUAAGUACAGAAAAUAACAAAGAGUUAACCCCUUCUCUACUUGAUUUUAAUCUAAGUGGUAUGGAUUCCUUGUCAAAUGAUUUUUCUUACUCAAGUAUAGAAGCAAUAGAUUCUCAUCUGUCUAAAAAGGAUGUAACUGAUGCAAAUUCAUCAAUUGAAGACGAUAAGCCUUAUAAUGCAUUAUUUUGUAAAGACUCUUUGUUGUCAUUCAAUGAUAACAAAAAUCAAUUAUUGACAGAACUCACUGAUUUGAAGCUUUGUGAAGAUGACGAUAAAAAUUUUUUAUCCUUAAAUGAAGAAUCUUUGAUAACAUCAACGAAUUCCUCUACGGAUCCGUUUAUUUUAGGAUUGAAUCCUGACAUAGAUGAAUUUUCAAAACCUUUGCUUAUGGAAAAAUAUAAUUUAACAUCCAGCAGCAAGGAAUACCCUAUUUUUGUAUCAGAUCUAGAGUAUUGGAAGAAGAAGUUACUAAAAACAAAUAGUUCUCGAGAAAAAACUAAAGAAACGAUUAUUAUUCAACAAGAAUUAAAUGGAGAAAUCUUUGCUGAUUCAGAAGAGAACAGUGAAAAGAAAAAAAAACGUUGUAAAAGGAAAAAACACGCCGAAAUCAAUGAGGAUAAUUUCAAUUUUCAAUUAGAAACCAAUGACUAUGCUGAAUUUUUUAAUGACAUGAAACAUUGGAAGAAAAAGAUACUAAAAACUAAUAAUUCACCAAUGAAGAUUAAAGAAUGUGACAUAAAAGAAGAGAGCAAUUUCAUUUUUGAACAUUUUCAACCAUCUGAAGAAUUAAAGAGGAAGCAACUUCGAAGAAAAAGACUAUCAGCACAGAAGAUGAAAAAUUCUGAAUUAUGUUUAAUAAAUAAUAAUAAAAAAAGGAAAACAGAAGAUAAAAAAAUAAUAACACAAAACGAAUCCACUGCAAAAUCAAAUGAUAAAGCAGUGUUACAGUUCCUACACGAAAAUUUUUUGCCCAAAUUUACAAGAAUCUCAAGUUUUCAACUUCUUGCUAAUUGCAUUAAAAGUAAAAAGGCUGAUACAAUUAUUACCAUUUUCGAUUCUGACAGUUCACUGAUUUCACAGAUAAAGAAUGAUGAGGUAAAGCCAUCAUCUAGUCAUUACUUUAUUCGUUUAUUAUGCAAGAACAGACUACUUCUGCACCAUUAUACAGAAAGCAAAGGGACACUUGAGCGACAAGCUGGAAUUUCACCAGAAAAAUUAAUUACUUUACCAGAAUCGGAUCACGACUUGCUCUAUCAGCAAUUGAAAUGCAACAUUCCGCAAGCCGACCUUGUAAUAAUAUUUACCAAUAAUAUGUCAUCUAUUUCUAAAUGGUUAAAGGGAAAACCCCAUAAAUUAUUUAUUAUACAAGAAAAAGCUAGAGAAAUGAAGAGUUUAUUAAUCAAGGAAUUUUCUCCAGACUUGAAAUUUUUCAUUAAUACAGAACUUGAGGUGAUUCAAACUGAAAAUUAUGACAAAGGUUGUCAACUCCUGGCGGAAAAUCUCGGAUGGAGUGAAGAACUGAAGAAGUAUGAGGAAAUAGCAUAAGCCAAUACAAAUAAUUCUUAUGAAUUAAUAAUAGUACAAACAUCUAAUUGUAAAAGUAACCUCUUCUCUAUGAAAAUUAAUUUUGUAAAUAUUUUGACAGUAAUGUAAACGCUAACUUAUAGUAAUGUAACGCUAACUUAACUUUAACAAUAACUAUCUAUACGAGACGGAAGCAUCUGAACUUUAAAGAUACAUUUAGUACAUAAAAAUAUAGUUCUGUGCCAAAGAUUAAUUACAUAUACACAUAAUAUACCAAAUAAAAUGAGAAUGCUAGCUGCAUAAUUUAAUAUUCUAAUCGAAAUAUAUAAGUCUUACGAAGCGCGAAAGCCCUAUUUUCCUUCAAAACUUCGAUACAAACAAGAUACGCUUUAUUAUAAUCAUUUACUUAUGUAUACGAAAAAAAGAAAUAUAUAACAUAUAUAAUCAGA